AUGUUCGGUGCAUUCAAAGCCAGCGCGCCUUUAUCAGGAGGUCUGCUAUGGAAAAUUCCCUGGCGCCUCUCCGCUCCCCAAAAACUCCGCCAUCGCCGCCGCAUGCGCCGCGUCGACAAUGUAGUCGCCGUCCUGGACACCGCGUUGAAACGCAGCAAAACCGCACUCGAUCUCUCCCACCAACAAACAUCCUCAGAGCAAGCCGGAGCCUCGGAACAACAACUCUCCUCAGCCCUCAAAGCCACCCACGGCACCGCAACGACGUCCGAUCUCGAAACAACAGCUGAAGGACAACGGCUGCUCGCCGCCCAUGAUCCCACAGCGAUUCUUCUGGGCCAGAGACGACAUGGAAAGGGCCCCAAACAAGGAGAAUACCUGCCUACCGGAAAGUUACUCGCGAACGAGGCGAAGGAGCAGGGCACGUUGAGGUUGAUAUCAAGAUGGAGGGCGGAGAUGCCGACAGAACAAGAGAUGCUGCCCAAGGACAAGUACAGCAUUUUUGACAAGAAGGUUCGAGGGUAUAGGAAGGGUAUUCACAAGUUGCCGAAGUGGACGAGGGUCAGUCAGAGGUUGAACCCACCGGGUUUCUAGACUGGGCUUGAUGCAUCGCAGGACAUGGACGG